CCGCCGCCAGCAGCAGCCCCGCCAGCGUCGGCAUGAGGGAGCCCAAGAAGCCCAUGAAGGGCAUCAUCGGCGUCUGCGCCCUCGAGUCCAAGGCGCGCAGCAAGCCCGCGCGCAACAUCUUCGGCAAGCUCGUCGACGACUUCGAGGUCAAGAUCUUCGGCGACAAAAUCAUCCUUGACGAGGAGGUCGAGAACUGGCCGGUGUGCGACUUCCUCAUCUCCUUCUUCUCAGAUGGCUUCCCUCUCGACAAGGCGAUUGCGUACGUGCGUCUGCGCAAGCCCUUCUGCGUGAACGACUUGCCCAUGCAACAGGUGCUGUGGGACCGCCGAUUGUGUCUCUCCAUCCUCGACAAGCUGAACGUGCCCACGCCGAAGCGCAUCGACGUCAAUCGAGAUGGUGGGCCCAGGCUGCCUUCCGCAGAGUUCGCCAAGCAGCUGUAUGAACGGACGGGAGUCAGUCUCGUGGGCGCAAGCGAGGGCACGGGUGGAGGCCUUCCGCCGCCAAAGAAGAUUGAGAUGAUGGACAACGGCGACACCAUCUUCGUCGACGGCCAGACACUAACCAAGCCCUUCGUCGAGAAGCCCGUGAGCGGCGAGGACCACAACAUCCACAUCUACUUCCACAGCAAGGAUGGCGGCGGUGGCCGAAGACUGUUCAGAAAGAUCAACAACAAAAGCUCCGAGAAGGAUGAGACCCUGUUGACACCCAGGUCCAUCACCGAACCUGAUGCCAGCUACAUCUACGAGCAGUUCUUGCAAGUAGAGAACGCUGAAGACGUCAAGGCGUACACGGUCGGGCCAAACUUCUGCCACGCGGAAACGCGAAAGUCGCCAGUCGUGGAUGGCCUUGUUAAGCGCAACCCGAGUGGUAAGGAAGUUCGUUACGUGACCACGCUCAGCGAGACAGAAGCAGCCAUAGCAUCCAAGAUCUCAGAAGGCUUCGGUCAGCGUGUCUGCGGGUUCGACCUGCUGCGCGCCGGCGACAAGAGCUACGUUAUCGACGUCAACGGCUGGAGCUUCGUGAAAGACAACGGCGACUACUACGACAAGGCAGCAAACAUCCUCCGAGACAUGUUCCUGAACGAGAUCUCACGAAAACAACAACGCAAGGACGCCGCCCAGAGUGCCGCCAUCGACGGACAAGGAGGAUCAGACAAGGGUGAUUCAAGAAAGAGCGUGUCAAGCCAUCGUCAGGCGUUGAAGGGGUUGUUCAAGAGUCCUAGUAUGUCAAGAAUGGGGGAUCACCACCGCCACUCCCACUACCACCUCCCCCAUAUGCGGCAGGCUAGCACUAUGCCUUCCUCCCCUGAGACUUUGCUAAGUACCACUCCUAUCGCAGCUAGUCCUAGUCUCGAGAAGUCCGAUCCCACAGCUGUGUCCAGCCCGCCGGCAGUUGGUACGAUACCGCCGGCACCCGCCUUCGAGCCAGACCUCUUGCCUCCGCCGGCCGUCCGCGACGAAGAAGCCGUGCUCGAGCCAGAGCGAUCGCAUGCUGGAGAUCACCAGAGUCCCGUACCUCCGCCAGCAUCGAAAGCGCAAUGGAAGCUCAAGGGUGUUGUGUCUGUUAUUCGACACGCCGACCGUACACCGAAGCAGAAGUUCAAGUACACGUUCCACGCGCAGCCGUUCGUGGAUCUGCUCAAGGGGCAUCAGGCUGAGGUGUUGCUGAUUGGUGAGCCGGCACUGCAGAGCGUCAGCGAUGCAGUCAAGGUCGCCUUAGACGAGAAGCUGGAGGACCCCAAGAAGCUGCGCGAGCUGCAACUUUACCUCCAGAAGAAGGGCCCUUGGCCUGGUACGAAGGUGCAGAUCAAGCCCAUGUUCCGUAAGAGGAGGAAGGACGAGCUGCUGCCAGGUGAGACGCUACCGGAAGAGUCACCCGAGAGGCAAAGACAGGGCUCAACAUCCAGUGUUGUUCGAGACGGCGGACAUGAGAGCAGCAACGAGAAUGAUCCCGAGCGUCUCAAGAACAGGAGCGAUUCCAUGUCCGGUGUCACACUGUCUCGUAUCACUGCGCAGGACAACAACAUGGUGCUCGACAAACUGCAGUUGAUCAUCAAGUGGGGUGGAGAGCCAACUCACUCGGCCCGCCAUCAGACCCAAGACAUGGGAGCUAAUCUGCGCAACGAUCUGCUCCUCAUGAAUCGCGAUGUCCUCGACGAUGUGCACAUCUUCAGCAGCUCUGAGCGCAGGGUUACCACCAGUGCGCAGAUCUUCGGAGCUUCGUUCCUCGAGAAGGACCAGUAUCCUGCAGAGCAGAUCCACGUUCGCAAGGACCUAUUGGAUGACUCGAACGCCGCAAAGGACGUCAUGGACAAAGUCAAGAAAAGGCUCAAGACCCUGCUUCGCGCUGGCGACAAGGCGCCACCGCAAUUUGCCUGGCCAAAGGACGUUGCGGAGCCCUAUAUCGUCGUGCGGCAGGUCGUCGCUCUCAUUAAAUUCCAUCAGCGAGUGAUGAACCACAACUUCAAGAAGAUCGAGUCCGAAGCCGUCUCGUCUCUCAACGCUCUUGCCUCGCCACCAGCGGCCGACGGUACACCCGGACAAUCAAAGUACACGAAUGUCAACCACAUUCAGUCACGAUGGUGCUGCAACGAAGGCCCCGAACUGUUCAAGGAGCGAUGGGAGAAGCUCUUCAAGGAAUUCAAGGAUGCCGAUAAGGUCGAUCCUAGUAAGAUCUCUGAGCUCUACGACACUAUGAAGUUCGACGCUCUCCACAACCGGCCCUUCCUCGAGUGGGUCUUCACUCCAGACGACACCUUCAUCGACCAAGAUGCGGUCGCGGACGGCUCGAGCUCGAAGCAGAAGACGCCGGAGGAACCACCAACGCCUGAGGCGAAGCCAGAGGCGAAGGAGGGCAGCAUCGAGAGGCCUCACGAGCGCGGCAGCAUCGCUCGCCGCAUGGGCUUCAGACGUCCGUCUGAGAUUGCUAUGAAGCCCGCCGCACCUCCAUCCUACGUCAACGAGUCGUACUUCAAGCUCUACACGGGCAUGGGUAACGCUGCUUCCAAGGCGCAGAUGGACGCUCGUCUAGUCAAGCUGCGCGAGAUGUACCAUCUCUGCAAGGUUCUCUUCGACUACAUUGGUCCGCAAGAGUACGGCAUCGAGUCGGAAGAGAAGCUGGAGAUUGGUCUGCUAACCUCGCUACCUCUGCUCAAGGAGAUUGUAGGUGACUUGGAGGAGUUGCAGGCAAGCGAUACGCCCAAGUGCUUCUUCUACUUCACCAAGGAAUCGCACAUCUACACGCUCCUCAACUGCAUUCUUGAGGGCGGCAUCAAAACCAAGAUCGAGCGCAACGCCAUUCCUGAGCUGGACUACCUCUCGCAGAUCAACUUCGAGUUGUACGAGUCUGAGAAUGCAAGCACAGACGAUGCGCCGCAUACGUUCAACUACAGUAUUCGCAUCACUUUGUCGCCGGGUUGUCACGCGUUCGCGCCGCUGGAUGUACAGCUCGACUCCCGCCACAUGAUCGGCUUCUCGCCCCGCCGCAGUCUGACCGCGCAUCAAGAUUGGAAAGAGGUCCUGGAGACGUUGCGUGCCAAGUUCCAUACCGUCAAGCUCCCCAAGUCCUUCGUCGCCAUCGAUCUCUCCGAGAAAGAGGCUUUCGAGCGCAGAGGUAACGGAAACGGUAACGGAAACGGUAACGGAAACGGUAACGGAAACGGCAAUGGCAACGGCAAUGGCAACGACCAGAAGAAAGAGAAUGGCGAGCCUGAGGCCGUUGAAAGAGGCAGGAGUGAGGAGAGGAGGGCGGAGGGUCCAGCAGGCGCAAACGCUGAUGUUCCGCCUGUUUCUGAGCUGCCGCCACCGGUACUGGAUACUUAGAAGGUGUCUCAAGGGCAUAAUGGCAUCGAGGGUGGUGUUUGGACUUAUCAUGGGGCUGGAAGGCGUUCAAAGAUGGUUGCAUAGAGGGUAGUGCAUUCGUUAGAGUAUUGCUACAUCGCUUGUGGAAGCUGGGUUGUAUCAUACACGGUUCAUUACGCUACGUUAUGCCAAUGUACAAAUCUCAU